UGAUCCUCUCCUCCUCUCCUCUUCGUCUCACCCCCCCGAUCUCCUCCCAACCCCUUUCGCUCGCUCGCCGCUGUACGUGCACAAUCGACGCCUCUUCAAUGUCGGAUAAAUCGAGCUCGUCCAGCGCGCAUCUAGAGCCACCUCACAAGGGCGUCGAGGUGGAGGAUUCCGGGGUUCAGGAGUCUGCAAGCGAAGAAGACCACUUCUCCGAUGCCAGCGAAGGCCGCAGCCAAGAGAAUUCCUUAGCCUCGUCUCGAGCAGCCUCGCCAGUGCCUCGGACGCGUGUUGAGAAGGUCGAUGACCAGCCCCGCCAUGGAGAGGUUCCUGGCACAUUGGCAUACGAAAAGAGAGAACAGGAUGCCGUUCCGGAUGAAAUGGAAGUGGUGCCAGAGGGUUCGCGGAGUCGAAGUUCGUCCAGAGUAGCACGGCCAUCCACACCGGGGGGAACCCCCAUUCCACGAACGAUGGUUGUGAAGGUCGACGAAACACCAAGCCACGGUGAGGUACCAGGAACGGAAGCGUACGAAUUGCGAAAGGCAGAUGCGGUCCCGGAUACUGUUGUCAAAACACCAGGCGAUCAGACACCGUCAACCUUGCAGCGGGAAUACUCAGAACAAUCUGUUCCUGAAACUCUACUCUCACGAGUGGAUACUCUUCCGAAAGACCCUACCUCACCAAGGCUCCGUGCCCACAGCCGAAGCCCCAGUGAUGCACUGCCAGAUUCUAUAGAGACAAUAGAGGAUACCUCCGGCGAUGACGACUUUGGUGAUGACUUUGAUGAAUUCGAAGAAGGUGAAAAUGGUGAAGCAGCAGGUGAUGAUUUUGGUGAUUUCGACGAGGGCUUUGAAGGUCCCGCAGAGGGGGUUCUUGAAGAUCCUAGUAAAGUCUCCACGCAGCAUCCUGCGUCGCCUUUGCUGCCCCUUCCGGAGUUUAACGCUAUGCCUUCCAUCUCCGACCUUUUGUCAGCGACCGAAGAUUCUCUUGACACACUCUUUCCUGAAACAAAAGAAAUUUCUUCUCUGCCGCCCUUAGAGCCAAUAUCAGAUCAUUCAGCAAUAUUCAGCAGCGAACGUUCACUCUCGUUAUGGUCACAGCUUGUCGCUCCACCCCCAUUGCAACCUCCCAACUGGGUCAAGUCUCGCAUUCGACGCUUAUUUUUAGUAUCCCUUGGUGUCCCUGUUGAUUUAGAUGAAAUUUUACCGGCAUCAAAACAAAAGAAACUGAUCCUACCAUCCAUCAAUCUCGAAGGCUCUGGGGCUUCUGCAUACGACUUAUCCAAAACCCUGAACAGAUCAAAAAACAACGACGGCACUGGUCCUCAAAACGACUCCACAUUAUCGCUUGAUCUUUCGGCGGUACGGCGACUAUGUUCUACAACAGAUGCUGCUCUAGAUGGCUUCACCGACACUGAGCUCCAAGGCCAUGUGGUACUGCUAGAAACGACGACGACAAAAGCAGAUGAGGUACUCCAAUAUUGGUGUAAAAAGACCGAUGGUCUAAUUAGCGAGAAAGAAGCAUUUGAAGGAGUGAUUGAAAAUUUGGUCAACCAUGCUAGGCGCGUUCGGAAAUAACACCAACUUGGUGAUCGACUCCCACUUUUCUGAUAUUAUAUAUGACAACACUUUACGACCUUUAUAAUUGCGUGCUAGGGACUUGAAAUACGUUUAGCGCAGGAUGACUUGAUUCAGCAUCUCAAGGAGAACUUGACGGGAAAAACAGACGGCUGUUUUUCCAUAUUAAUUAUCAUUUUAAUGUAUAUAUCGUUUUUAGGGCUACUCCCGUUGCAUUCAAUACUAUGGUGAUGGGAUAAAAUAGAGCUUUGCCUACAUCCAUGAGCCAAAACUUUAGUAAUGCUAGGAUCAUCAAUUAUUGAUAUCACAAAGUAAAUAACCGUCAAUACUAUGUACUGACAGAUGCAGGGAGUAACCUAUGUGUCGGCAUACCAAUG